AUGGCACCUGUCGUCCAUGCAGAAAGCUCAGCCUCAAGAAACGAACCAAACGUUGGCCUCAUCAUCGGUCUGGUAGUAGCUGGGAUUGCCAUUCUCGUGUGCGCCGUCGGUGUCAUAAUAUUCAUCCGACGACGACGAAAAUCGAAAGCAACCCGCCAGCCUUCAUUUGCCGAUUAUGUCGUGGAUCAGGAAAUCGAGAAGUUAAUUGGUGCCCCAGCUUCGAAGAGACAAACUCCAUCAUUUUUGCCUUUGCCUGUCCCAAUAAUGGCAUACCACGACAUUCACUCACAGGACCCUUUCGACCCUUAUGACACCCCGGCUCCAAGUCUCUAUAUUUCCAUGACAGAAUAUCGUGGCAUUUCUGAUUCUGAAGGCACGGGAAUACCUCAUAAACAGUCGACAACCACUUUCACCCCAUCUAUUCCCGUCAUUGCCUCUGCAAAGCUUUCUUCAUUCUUUCAGCCAUUGAAAGAAGAACGACGAGCACCUCGAGCAUCAUUGUCUCCCCGAGACCUUCCACCGUUGGUGAUACCACUCUCACCCAAGCUCAGAAGGAUCCCAACAUCCCCAACACUAUCGACAUCAGCCGCGAUUACUCAGAGGAGUUCCCCAGUUCAACCUCUCGUGCAUUCGAAAUCUCCAAGCAGCGACACAGGGUCUGCUUAUUCACAAGCGUCUGCGUGUACCCAAAUUUAUCAAGGUUUUGACCACAAGGAGAUUCUCCCCCCCGUCCCUCCUUUACCGGCCGGUAUCAGUCAACGACCAAUUCAAGGUGAGGAGAGGGCAGAUGAUGAUAAUGAUGAAACGCUCCACCGCGACAGAGCGCCAACGCCGGUCAUCGUCGGCUUACUCAAAACGCGGGCUAGAAAUUCAGCGAUGUUGCGCCAGCUGAGCCGAGUGUCACGUAUAGAACGUUCGGGCUCCAUAGUUUCUUACGAUGGUCAAAGCGACGAGGCGAUCGUUCUGCCUUCUCGUGGCCGAAGCACAAAGAGAAGGAGAAGGUUUGAACGGUCAGAGAAAGAAUUCCAGGCGGAGGAUAGUGUCCUUCCGAUAGUUUUUAUCCCCAAUCCGUUCGAAAGCGCCGUUUCGCCACCGCCUGAUUCACCGAGUAGUGCGGUGUCUUCGUUACCCUGCGAGCAUUUUAUUCCCUCUUACAGGAUAGAAGUGACGAAAUCGCAACCGUUUGUAUUGCAGCAGGUCCAACCCUUGAAGUUUUCUCGUGGUACUCCGAGGAAAUAG